CAGUUUGCUGAACUGAACACAUCUCAAGAUGAAGACGAUCGCUGGUUUUGUAUUCGCUUUGGCAUCCGCUGCGGCAGUGCAAGUGGGCUUUGCACCAGCAGCUACUAGCUACAUCUAUAGGAGCGACAACGGUGGCCCCGGGAACCUAGUCCAGCUGGGAGGACACGGCUAUGAGCAGCCACAGCUGUUCGCACCACUACCCCUUGCCCAACCCAUCAAAGCCCUCGAAGCUUACGACCUAGUCCCGGCACCAUUACCCUACAUAGCCGCUAAACCUAUCGCAGUUCUAGAUGCAGAAGACGACGAAGGCUCAGAUGAAGAAUCAGCCGAGUACAACGGAGGCCAUGGAAUAGGAUACGAGAAAGGAGCCGGCAAUGACUAUGGAGAAGAACACCACGCUGCGCACGGUGAGAAAGGCAGCAAAGGUUUCAGCACGAAAGGUCACCAUGAGAAGGGUCAGUCCGGCAGCUAUGGCAAGGAACACGGCGAGGGAUUCUACGAGGAAGGCGAUGGCAAGAAGAAAAUCUACCAUGACGAGGCCGGCGCUCACGGCAAGCAUUAUGAAGCAGGCAAGGGUUACAAGGGGGGAGACCACGGACACAAGAAGCACUUCAGCAAGGGCGAGGAGGUGACUGGCUACCACAAAGUGUUCAACAAGGAUGAGUUCAAGAAGGACCACGACUUCUACGACGUAGCAGACAAGAGCGGACACUUCAAGAAACACGGCUACGAGAACAAACAUCACGGGUCCGAGGCGAGCGGUCACAAGAAGGGCGGACAAGGUGAAUCUGGCUACAACAAGGGUGAUUUUGGAAAAGGUGGAUAUUAUGCUAAGGGUCAUGUUGAUGACGAUCAUGAGGGUCACUCUGCUGAGGAAGGUGAUGAGAGCCAUUACGAGCAUGGCGAGGACUAUGGUAAGAAAGGCGGCACCGCCGAAGAGAAGGAAUACGCGUACAGUGACAAUGGAGAUGACGACGACGACAAGGAAUGA